GGCAGGAACCUCUCUCAGUGCGUGACGGCCCCUCUAGCUCCUGCACCAUGGAAACCCUGGUCCCAGGACGGAGGCUCCGGGCCAGGCUCCUGCUGCUGCCCCUUCUCCUCUGCUUCGGGCCAGACACGGCCGGGAGCAUCAGCCUGGACACGCUCAAACAAAUUGUGGAUUAUGUUCAUCCUAAGUAUAAACCCGAGAAGACUGAUCAGUACGCCGUGGCCAUCACCUUGCCGCGGUCCAUGUGCCAAAGCGCCAGCCCAAGUGACCUGCAGGAGCACCUGCAGGUUGACCUGGAUGCCAUGAAAUUGAAGCUGAAGGACGCAUUUCUGUAUGAGGGACGCCACAUUGUCGCUGCCAAACCCACCAGACCCACGAAACCCGACCAGAGAGACCAAUAUUCCCAGCACGCUGAGUGGCAGAUGUUCAGCCUGGAUCAGAACAGGGUCAGCCCGGUCUCCCGCCUCCUGGACAAGACUCGGGAACAGGUUGCAUGUCAGGAGACUGAAGCCUUAGAGGAAAACUUCGGGAGCAACCGCUACACAGUUUGGUUCCCAAACAACAAAUGCACCUGGAACGGCUGCUUCGUCUUCUUCUCCUUUUUUUCUCCCUGCCUGCGCACCUGCCUCAGCCUGAAGAGCGACCACCGCAUCCCGCAGCUCAUGGAUGGGAUCUUUGGCGCCAUACAUGAAGAGCACCGGGCCUUGGCCUUCAAGGAGGUUUUCAAACAGGACAGAUCUAAGGGGAAACAGUUUACGUGGAACUCGUGGCAAACACUCUGCCGAGUGCCCAUGUACCUGUGCGAUGACCAGGGCUGUCACAGCUGCGCGGAGAAGGACGUCAACAAGAAUUUAUGCCUAGAACAGGUGAAAGACCCACCUAAGCCAAAUCUUGCAGGAAAGCGCUAAGUUGGCAGGAGAAUGUGACCCCAGAGACAACC